AUGGGCAAAACGCGUACAAUAAAAAACAAACACGCCGAGCCGUCCAAGAAGAAGGCGAAAAAGGCUGGUGAUGGCGGCGUCAAGAAAACCAAGGACCGUGCCGGGUCCAAGUCCAAAGCGAAGGUCCCUGCCAUUGAGGUCAAGGGCAAGCCGAAUCUCGGUCAGGAUAAGAAGAAGCAGAAGCGCGUCUACUCAGAAAAGGAGCUCGGCAUCCCACAGCUCAAUACGGUGACCCCCGUCGGUGUAACCAAGCCGAAGGGCAAGAAGAAAGGGAAGGUGUUCGUGGAUGAUAGGGAAAGUAUGAACACAAUUCUUGCUAUGGUCGAGGCCGAGAAGCAGGGUCAGAUCGAAUCCAAGAUUAUGCGCGCGCGUCAGCUCGAGGAGAUUCGUGAGGCACGCCGCAUAGAGGCCGAAAAAAAGGAGGCGGAACGCAAGGCGUUGCUUGAAAAUACGAAGGAGCAGCUGCGCAAGAAGAGGAAGAAGAACAAGAAGGGUGGUGACCAGAAGAGUUCCGAGGAUGAGGGACCCAGUCUCAAGGAACUCACAUCCACUGGGUCGAAGGCAGUCAAGUCUAAGAAGAAGAAGAAGGUUUCGUUCGCUACGCCGGAGUAG